GGAUAAUGGAGCUCUAUAAAUGUAAAACAUAAUUAAGAAACCUUUUGCAGAAAAUGGCUCUAAACAUCCCUGGUCUGGUAGCCACGAUUGUGUUCUAUGCGAUAACAUUGGCAACUGGGAUUUGGGCUGCUUGGAAAACCAAAAAGGAGGAGAAGAAUGCAAACCGAAGUGAGGUUGCCAUGGUGGGAGGCAGAAACAUGAACAUUUUUGUGGGAUUAUUCACCACAACUGCAACUUGGGUUGGAGGUGGCUACAUCAAUGGGACAGCUGAGAUCGUGUACCUCCCUACACGAGGGCUGGCCUGGGUCCUGGCUCCAGUAGGAUAUGUUCUAGCUUUUAUCAUUGGGGGCCUCUUUUUUGUAAAGCCAAUGCGAUCCAAAAGCUAUGUGACAAUGAUGGACCCCCUCCAAGAAACCUAUGGGAACACUAUGGGAACCCUUCUCUUUCUUCCAACAUUGAUAGGAGAUGUAUUUUGGUUUGCAGCUAUUCUUUCUGCUUUAGGGGCUACAAUGAGUGUGAUCUUGGAUAUCAGAGGAUAUUUAGCUAUCAUCAUUUCAGCAUGUACUGUUAUACUCUACACUUUACUGGGAGGACUAUACUCAGUUGCGUACACUGAUGUGAUACAGCUGGUUUUUAUGAUGGUCAGCCUGUGGACUUGUGUGCCAUUUGCGCUGCUGAACUCUGCAACUGAAAACAUUUAUUAUACUGCUGUUAAUGAAUUCUAUCAAGUACCAUGGAUUGGCAAACUGGAAACAGAGUAUCUUGGAAGAUGGUUAGAUGAACUUCUGUAUGUGGCUCUUGGAAGUAUUCCAUGGCAGAUCUAUUUCCAAAGAGUCCUCGCAGCCUCCUCAUCCAGACAAGCAAGGCUCACUUCUUAUUUUGCAGGGUUUGGGUGUGUUUUCAUGGUCAUUCCAUCUGUUCUUAUUGGUGCAGUAGCUGCUUCUACAGACUGGAAUCAGACAAGCUAUGGUCUGCCAACCCCUAAUGAAAGAGGGGAGUCUAGCAUGAUAUUACCCAUUGUUCUGCAGUAUCUUUGCCCAGCGUAUGUUUCUGUUGCUGGCUUAGGAGCCAUUGCUGCUGCCGUCAUGUCUUCUGCAGAUUCAGCCCUUCUAUCAGCCAGCUCCAUGCUAGCUCACAACAUCUACAGGAAAAUUCUUAGGAAAAAGGCUACGGAGAAAGAAGUUGUCUGUAUAAUGAGGGUCUCCAUGGUGGUUUUUGGGACAGCCGCUGCAGGCCUGGCUUUCCUUUCUAACUCUGUUUAUGAUCUGUGGUUCCUGAGUGGCGAGCUGGUGUACGCUCUUCUCUUUCCCCAGCUCUGCUGCGUCCUCUUCAUUCCCAACACCAACACAUAUGGCUCAGCUGCUGGAUUCCUCUUCGGGUUCCUGUUAAGGCUGCUGGCAGGGGAGCCUUCCCUGAAAAUCCCCCCUGUAAUACACUACCCAGGCUGUUCCCUUGUGGACGGGGUCUACAUCCAGCUGUUCCCUUUUAAAACCUUCACCAUGCUUCUCACUUUGGGGACUAUCAUCGCUGUUUCAUACCUGGUGGCAUUUUUGUUUAAGAGAAACAUCCUCCCUCAUGGGUGGGAUGUUUGCAGUGUAAUAAAAGAAAGUGAGGCUUCUGUUCCACUCCCUGAGAUAGACGAACAAGCAGGCUUACAAAUAAAUAUAGUUUAUAUUAAUCCUAUUGAAAUACAUACUUAA